AUGUCCCGACCGAAGCGUUACGAGCUGAGCCCUGAACACUGGGACCGGAUCAAGGAUUUGCUGCCCGGCAAGCCGGGCGAGCCGGGACGGUCGGCCUCGGACAAUCGGACCUUUGUGAACGGGGUGCUCUGGGUCUUGCGAUCCGGGGCGCACUGGCAUGACCUGCCCGAACGUUACGGCGAGUGGAAGACGGUGCACAAGCGCUUCACUCGCUGGGCCAGGGCGGGCGUGUGGGAGCGCGUGGUCGCGCAUUUGAUCCGCGAUCCCGGCAACGAUUAUGUGAGCCUUGAUUCCAGCCUUGUGAGGGCACACCAGCAGGCGGCCACCGGCGGACUGACCACCAAGAUUCGCAUGGCGGUCGACGCCCUGGGCCGGCCGCUCAAGCUGGUCCUGACGCCCGGCCAGCGCGGCGACGCGCCGCUCGCCCCGGUGCUUCUCAACGGCCUGUCGCCGCGCCGCGUGCUGGCCGACAAGGCCGACGACUCCAACGCCAUCAGGGCACUGGUCGCAGACCUCGGCGCCGCGGCGGUGAUCCCCUGCAAUCCGACCCGAAAGCGGCUCAUCGCCGACGACGCCGAAGCCUACAAGAUGAGAAACACCGUCGAGCGAUGCUUCAACAGACUCAAGCACUUCCGCCGUAUCGCCACGCGCUUCGACCGGCGCGUCAUCCACUUCCUCAGCUUCCUGCAAAUCGCCGCCGCCAGGCUCUGGACGCGCUGA